UCGUGUAAUCUUAGAUGGCCCGGUGCCCCCGCGAUACACGGUAGUGUUUUUUGUGUAAGAGAUUUGUGAGCGCCGGACCAGCAACCAUGACUCGUCGCAUCGACGAAGAUACGAUUCUUCAACUAUUAUUAGAAGAUAAUAGUGACCAAGAAAAUUCGUCAGAGAGUGAGAAGGAAGACCACAUCGAGGUUGAUUCGGCUUAUGUAUCAGUGAGUGAGGAUGAAAUUUCGUCUUUGGACUUGGCAUCAAUUGAAGAACAGAUACCAAGUACUUCGGCACAAGAACCUAACGAAUUGAUUAUUAUACCAUCGCGUAACAUACUUCGCGGAAAAUAUAAGCACAAAUGGUCAUCGUUAAAGCCAAAGUCACAAGGCCGAACAGUCGCAAGAAACAUUGUGCAUAUUAGACCAGGCCCCACUCGUAUGUGUAAAAAUGAAUUAGAUCCUUUACGUUGCUUUUCGUCUUUUAUUACAGAUGAUAUAGUAAAUAUAAUUUUCACUUAUACUAAUGCUGAGAUUGUAAUAAAAUCUGAAAAAUACAAAAAUUUUGCAUCACAAGUUAGUCGAGCCACAUAUGCAAAAACGUAUACUUGUGCCCACACUUCAAACUGGCCUGCGCGAUUCGAUUACACAAAUUUUGAAUAUGCCAGGAAGUAGUAGAUCGAGUUUGACACUUGAAACUGAAGCUACAGGUCAUCCUAUCGCAAAAAAAAAAAGAAAAAUUUGUGCCGUAUGCCCAUCAGCAAAGGAUGACGAAAACUAGUUGCUACGAGUGCAAUAAAUCAGUGUGUGGUGAACACAAAUUUGAUAUGUGUCACAAAUGUCUUAGUUCAUAGUUUUUUACCAAAAUUUUUACUUUUUUUGUUGAUUCGAUGUUUAAAUUUUGAUUAUUUGACUUCUUUUUCAAAGUUUUUUUUCUAGUUUUUAAGAGAUAAGCGCUUAAAAAAAAACAAAUAUCUUUAUUUAGAGCGAAACAUAUGGUCUCAGCACAAAGGCUGAUUAUGUAAUAAAUAUGUGAUUUAAUUAAAUAAGAAUGUUAUAUUUUUGUUAACAAAUGAUUGUAAUAAACAAAUAUUGUAAAAGAAAUAAGUAUUUUAUUCAAUAAAAUUUUAUAAACCUACUUUUUUGACAGCGUAGUCGAAACGACGAAGGUUAGUAAUAAGCGUUGAAAAAUAAGUUUAGUGUUCUAGGGUUAAUAGGGAUUACAGUUGUGAGUAUAUA